AUGGCCCGGCUUCCGCGCGAGGUCCGCGCCAUCCGCCGCCGCCUCGACAAGCACGAGCAAGCCUCCGCAGACACCUCGGCAGCUCUGGUCGCGAUGCAAGGUGAGAUGUCUCGCAUGACUCAGAUGUUAGCCGCGUUGUUUACCACCCUGCCAUACGCUGGUGCCGCCGCGAUUGCACCCUCCUCCCUCCCCAGUCUCGCCGCUAACCAAACCUCUACCCAAAGCCACCUCCUUUCCACGCCACCACCGCUGUCUCACGUUUCCCUGUCGCCGAUCUUAGAGGUUACCACGCCGGCACCAACCCCGGUCACUACCCUCCCAACACCUCCCCAAUUCGGCGCCUUGACGCCGGAGAACCUGCCUCACCCAACCUAUCCACCUAAAGUUACCACCUUUGCUCCACCCACGACGCCGGUGUACACCUACACUGCGCCGCUCGUCACCACUACCACCGUCAACACCACACCACCUCCGAUCCAGCACAUCCAUCAAGUGUCGAACCCAAAUACAAAUCCACAUAUGUACCAACAUCUACCACCCUCCUCCAUCCCCAACACCAGCCAACAACCAUACUUCCCACACCAAUACCACCCUCCUUUCAACCAACCACAACACCUACCACCACCUCAGACCCCAUACAUACAGCCACAACCUCCUCAACGAUUCCCAACCCAACCACAGAACCAGCCCAACUAUGAGGUGCACCUGCGUACUCCACAUGUCGAAUUGCCUAUUUUCUUAGGUGAAUCCCCAAGGUCCUGGCUGCUUGAAUGCGAAGACAUUCUGGAUCUGGUCAACAUCCCAGCAGAGCACAGGGUGAAAUGGGGUUUGGCUCAUAUCAGGGGACAAGCAAAGACAUGGAUAAGUACUUCUGGCCUGAACCUGCAGACGCUAUCCUGGGAGCAGCUCAGUCAAGUUCUUAUCGACCGUUUUCCUGAUUCAGUUCCAAAUGACCCAAUGGAUCAAUUGCAACUUCUGAAGCAAGCGACUUCGAUCAAUUCCUAUAUUGACACAUAUGAAACAUGGAUGACUCAGAUGAAGAGGGAAAGACCUUACCUUCCUCAGGACUUCUUUGUGGACCGUUUCAUCAGUGGUCUCAAGGAGAAUAUCAAGCACAAUGUACACUGCCAGAAGCCUGAAUCCUUGCUGUCAGCAUACUGGUAUGCUCGGCAAUACGAAAAAGCAUCUUUGUCAGCAAUGAGACGUGUUGUUCCUGUCCUUCCUGCUGGUCGUCUUCAACAACCACAGAACAAUAGGCAAUACCCUCCUAGAGAAAACAGAAAUAGAGCUCCCAACGAACGACCCAGAGAGCCACGCAAAUGUUGGUACUGCCACGGACAAGCUGGUUCAUGGGGCACGAGAUGUCAACCAAUGCAAAGAGCUCUAAAUGCAAUUGAAAUGCGGGGCAAUGAGGAUGAUCUUGAUGAUCAAGCAGCUCCACAACCUAUGAUUCCACCGAUCCAUGAUUCUGCAAUUUUCCUUCUCCUCCAAGUCAACAAAGCUCGGGCUAUAGCUCAGCGGACAUCUGGCGGCACAAAUACCUUUAUGGAUUUGACUUUUGCUCAAGCUCACAAUAUUCCUCUCACCAAGGUCAAACACAGAAGUGUCAAAGUUGCUGGUGGAGGUACUCUGUCUUCUACUGGUAUGGCAUAUAAUUGCCCUUUCUCCAUCCAGGGACACAAAUUCACCACUAAUUUCAGAAUUCUGGAGUUACAAGGUUCUGACAUCAUUCUAGGAGUGAAUUGGUUCAAAGAACACAACCCAGUGACAUUUGAUUUCAUUGGCCAUGAAUGCAACAAAUUGAUUGCUCAAGGAGCCUCUGGUUAUCUACUUGUGCAUACAGACCAGGGUGAUGAGCAGAAUACACCACAUUCCCCUGCAACCCCUUAUUCUGCCAUUACCACUCUGCUCAACACAUUUGAGGACAUUUUUCAGAAACCUAUGGGCUUACCUCUAGUCAGAGACAUUGACCAUCAAAUCCCCCUUACACAGGAUGCUAAACCUCCUAAUAUCAGGCCUUACAGGAUGUCCCAUAGCCAGAAAACUGCAGUGGAACAGCUCAUCAGGGAAAUGCUUCACAAUAGGGAGAUUAGACCCAGCAAAAGUCCUUACUCCUCACAUGUACUGCUAGUCAGGAAAAAGGACAAAUCUUGGAGACUGUGUGUGGAUUUUCGAGCUCUCAAUGAACAAACCAUCAAGAACAAGUUUCCCAUACCUGUCAUUGAGGACUUAUUGGAUGAAUUACAUGGGGCAAUGUUUUUCUCUAAGUUUGACUUGAGAUCAGGGUAUCACCAAAUCAGAAUGAAUGAAAGUGACAUCCACAAGACUGGGUUUUCCACACAUCAAGGACACUAUGAAUAUUUGGUCAUGCCUUUUGGUCUGUGCAAUGCCCCAGCCACUUUCCAAGAGCUGAUGAACACUAUCUUCUCAAAGCACCUCAGGAAGUUUGUCCUGGUAUUCUUUGAUGAUAUUUUGGUAUACAGCAAAACCUUGGCAGAGCACACAAGUCACUUACAGAUUGUCCUACAAAUACUCAGACAGCACAACCUCAAAGCAAAACUAUCCAAGUGUCAAUUUGCCCAGCCACAAAUAGAAUACCUGGGCCACAUCAUAUCUGGUGAGGGAGUGGCAACUGAUCCAGCUAAAAUACAGGAUAUAAUACAAUGGCCAACCCCAACAUCAAUCAAGCAACUUAGAGGUUUUCUAGGAUUAACUGGCUAUUACAGGAGGUUUAUUCCCAACUAUGCACAAAUCUGCCGACCACUCCAUGCCGAUCUGAAGAAGAAUGCAUAUCAGUGGGAGGCUCCACAACAAGCUGCUUUUGACAAACUAAAGCAAGUGAUGUCCCAACCUCCUCUCCUGGCCCUCCCAAAUUUCUCCCUACCCUUCACUCUGGAAACAGAUGCUUCUGAUACAGGCCUGGGAGCAGUUCUCAUGCAAUAG